AUGGAGGUAGGGGGGGCUGUCUUGCAGCGGGCCGCGGUGAAGUCGGAUGACACCAUCGUGCUUGAACUUGCGCCUGGAGGGAGGUGGGCGGAAUUUCAUGGGAGCCUCUUGCUUGUGGAAGCCCAGCACGGCGGAAAGCAGUUGAUCACUGGUCCUGUUUUCGUGGCAUCCGUGAUCCCGACACCGACGGUGUACCCGAGCGAUAGGAUGCUCUACCUCACAGUCAGCCCGCUAGUGAUGAUCAAUGGCACCAACUUCAACACCAAGACCACCGCUCUCUUCUUCUCCCCCCGCCUCUUCGGUGGCAGGGACGUCAUUAUUUUUGUGGAAUCAUCUACGACGAUCGUGGUGUCCCUCGUGAAAAAGGCCGAGGGCACCCAGUGGGCGGAUGAGCCAGGCGCCCUGAAGCUAGUGGCGAUCGACACUGGUGCCGGCCGUCUUCUCCUCCGAGAGGACCUUGGCGGCGUGACGAUCGCCGAGAUGCAGGCUGACUUGAAUAGACACUCCCUGUCGGUAGAGACUCACGAAGAGGUCACCAUGUACCAGUCGAGUAAAGUCUUGACCAUCGCGGGGCAAGGGUUCAACACCGGCAAUACCAGGUUCCGGUUCGGGAACGGCCUCCUGGAGGGGAAGAACUUCACCCAGAUCGUGACCCCCGAGUCGGCCACCUUCACGCUGGAGGAGGGGAGCAAGUGGCGACAGGAUGCGCCGGCGUGGCCUGCGCCUCUUAUUCUGCUAGCGGCGGAUGCCGGGGACGGUUUCGUGCCUUUGGGGGCCACCAUCGCCAAGACCGGGAGGAAGGUGGCGACUAUCUACGAGGACCCUAGGCUGGAACCGUCUCUGCAGGAAAUCGGGCGCACACUGACCCACGACUUCUACCUCGGAGGUACCGGUUUCACAAAAGCGUUCCGGCCAAUCAUAGCGUUCGAGCCCCUGGCAGAUCGACAUGCCCCCAUCAAUCGAGAUGAGUUCAUGGUACAGGUUGUCAAUCGCACUGCCGUGAAGCUUUCUUUGGCAAGCUUCGGUGGAGGGUGGAUGCCUCGGGGGGAAACGGGAAACCUCCGAGUGCGGGCAAUCAACACCGGCGGCGGGAUGUACACGAUGAAUGAGCCCGUUCCUGUUGUCGUAGUUGUGUCCGACGACGAUCCCCACAGGAGCGGCAUCCACCACAAGCCCGACUACGUCACGCAGCUCUACCAGCUGCUUGUCUACUUUUUUCCCGAAUGA